UCAAACGGCACAUUUGAAAGUGACAGAACCCUUUCAACCUCACUCACUCAAACUCACUCUAAAACUCCGCCCUCUCUCACUCUCAAACUCACUCUCAAGCCGUUCGUAGCCCGCCGUUCGUCUGCCGUUCGAUUCCCGCCGUUCGUCUGCCGUUCGUGCUCUCUUUUCAGAUCGAUGAGGAGCUACAGUGCUUGCACCCUGGUCCGCAAGAGGAUUCAGUGUUGACGCGACAACCAUAUCACCGAUCAGAGGCCAUUUGGAAUGGCAAGGACCCGGGCUCACUUAUGUGCCGUGGUCGUACUAAGGAGAUGGCAAACGUUCAGAUGGAAGAUAAUCGGGUGAUUGACAUUAUCAAAUUGCUAAGAUUAGAAGGAUUGUUUAGAGCCCCUUCCAAAGAGAUCGAUAAUUGCCUAAUAUCGGCCCUAGUUGAGCGAUGGCGGCCGGAGACUCAUACGUUUCAUCUUCCACAUGGUGAGAUAUCAAUCACCCUACAAGAUGUGGAGGUGAUUUUCGGACUUUCUAUAGACGAUGAGAUCUUGGUUGGGCCGACUGCUGUGGAGAAUGGGACUUGGAGGCAAGUGUACGGGGAGUUGCUUAGAUUUACUCCGCCGGAGGACAAUAAAACUUUGGUGGGCCAAAGAAUUCUCAUCAGCCGACUUCUUGAGGCCGUUGCAGCACCACUGCCUCAGGACGCAACAGAGAUUCAGAUACACCGGUAUGCUCGAUGCUAUAUUUUAGCGCUAUUAGGGGAUAAACUUUUCAUGGACAAGUCAGGAGAUAGGGUGCAUCUGAUGUUCUUGGAGUUGAUUCGCAAAAUUCGUGAUCCGCGGCAGUAUAGUUAGGGUAGUGGUUGCUUGGCCUGGUUGUACAGGGACUUGUGUCGAGCAAGUGAGAAAGGCGCAUCGCAGAUUGGUGGGGCGUGCACCUUGGUCCAGUAUUGGGCAUGGGCAAGGUUGUCAUUCUUGUGUCCGAGGAUAGAGCCCCCACCUGGAUGUGAUUAUGGCCCAUGGCCAUAUGCUCCACUUGCAUUUAAGUGGGUGCGGGUGCCAAGCUCGAAGAGUAGGCCAUCUGGCACGACCUUGGUCCGCUAUCGCGAGCAAUUAGUGACAAUGCGGCCAGACCAGAUUGUGUGGCAGCCAUACGAGGCAGACUUCGGCCACCUUCCUGAGUUCUGCGUUGCAGGGAGGGAUACGUGGACAGCGAGGGUGCCGCUUGUGUGUUUUUGCAUAAUAGAGAGACACUACCCGGACCGUGUCCUUCGACAGUUUGGGUUGGCGCAGCAGCAGCCUGACAAUGCUGUCUACGAUGAUAGACUGCAUAAAAUUGACUUACGUGGGAAGGUGGAAAAGAAUUGGAGGGAGGAGCAUGGACCGUAUAUCAUUUCAUGGGAAAUGAGACGACAACAACUUUGUCAUGCACCUCCUCAGAUUGGUGAGAUGCCCCGCAAUCAUGCCUAUUACGUCUGGUAUCGUCCGAUCACUCGAAAGUAUGUCGUCCGCAACAACGCUAAAUUAGAUAUAAUGAUUCAAAGCCAUUUAGCGCUAUUGGAGAUGCUUCCUGAAGGCAGCGAAGCUCACAACCAUGUUCGGCGUGUCCUAAAUAAUGUGGCUGGCCUUGGUCGUGAUCCUGCAGCAAAUGAGGAGGCAGACAAUGGGCAUGAGACUGAACCAACAGUUGCUGAAAUCCCAAGCACAAGCGCAGCACCCAUAAGUAUACGGACCCGUGCUCAGCGUGCUAUUGCAAGCCCAAGCACAAGCGCAGCUAGGGGCCGUGGUCGGCCUGCUACAGCAAGCCCAAGCACAAGUGCAACCAGGGGCCGUGGUAUGCCUGCUACAGCAAGCCCAAGCCCAAGUGCAGCUAGGGGCCGUGGUCGGCGUGCAACAACCCCUCGGGUUGUAACUAGUCUUGAGAUGCCUGCACCCAUCCCUCACUCAUCUCCUCAGCCUGAGGUCCCUCCACACAUCCCAGAUGCAUCUCCUCAGCCCGAGGUCCGUUCACCCAGCCCACCUUCGCAGCCCGAUUUUGAUCUCAGUAUUGAUGACAAUGUGACCCCUCCUAUACUCCCCGAGACACCGUCUUACCCACCUACCAGCUCUACUGCACCCACUCCUGGCCUCUACUUAGAGCAUCAUUACCCACCUACCGCAUCUUCAUCUGACCCUCUGGGACCUCCGGUUGGGAUUGACACUGUACAGCCACAUACUGAUGUACCAAACGAGCAUCCCCCUCAUCAGCCCUCACCUCCACGAGGUAGACCGCAGCGCACUAGAAGAGCACCCACUUGUGGGACAGGUGGACACAAAAUAGGACACCGAGGGAGCUCUAUGCAUGAUGAUGAGCCUAAGGAUGAUGCCCCGCAGCCUCCUCCCCCGCCCAAACAUUACACAAGGGUUAAAAAACGCAAAAUUGGCGAACCUUGAAUAAAAUUGAAUCAUCGGAAGUUACUUGAUGGAAUGUUGGACAUAUGUGGAGUGCCACCGCAAAAAUUCAGAACCAUAUGUUCAAGUAU